AUGAUUCUGGAUGAACUCCGGGCGUUGAUUGAACAAGCGGCUGUGAAUCUGUCACUCCGUGGCAAGGGAAAUCGUGUUACUAAUACAGGUAGUGGUCAGCGGCAGCAGCAUGGAGGCAGCACAGCGAAAGCCGAAGCGUGGCAGGAAGAAUAA